AGUUUCGCGGUCAUCCCCAAAAUCACAAACCGCCACAAAUCAACAUCAGAUGAGACGAUAAUGGUCGAACGCGCAAGGCCGCUUGCUCAAUGAAACUCCAACGUCGAAGCGCUAACGAUGCUCUCGGACAGCCUGGCAUCCGCGCCUUGCUCCUGCUCGUGACGCUCGUCUCGCUCUACUCGAUAUACGGCUCGCUUUACUUCUACCGUGAUCCGCUUUCUAUCUUCUUCUCCGAAGAUCAUGGUUUCGACCGUUUCUAUUCGGCCACGCGCCAGGCCGAAGCUGACGAGUUUCUUGAUGCGGCUCUAGCAAAUCCUAGUGCGACUCAGCAACAAUUAGGCACGGCCGGUGCGGAUCCUCAGAUUUGCGCCGUGUUUAUUACGGUCGGAAGGGAUAUGGUGGGGCGGCAGUAUAUCGACAGCGCCGUGGGAUCAUUUCUAGCGAACAUGUCGCGGGCCGAGAGAGGGUCCACGCACUUGAAAUUAUUCUUCGCCGACGUGCCAAACCCCGAUACGCAACAUAGGAGCUAUACAAAGUUGGCAGAAUCUGGCAUCGCGGACGAAGUAUUCACCUACAACACCACGCUAUCCCCGCAGGAAAAGGAUAGUAAGAUUCGCGAACUCAUGCAAUUUGCCAAGGAUCGCCAGAACAAGCACGCGCUCGAGAGAAAGACGGUAUAUGAUUAUGCGUACGCCCUAGAUCGAUGUGUGCAGACAACCAAUGCGCCGUAUAUUGCACUUUUCGAGGGCGAUAUUCUGCUUGCUGAUGGAUGGGCUGCGAGGACUCUCAAGAACCUACGAAUCAUCGAACAAAUGAUGAAGGAUCCUAGGCGUCACGACCCUCAGAAGGGCCAAAUUGAGCCGGGCGGACCAAAUACGUGGCUGUACUUGCGUCUUUUCAACCAAGAACGGAGCUUUGGGUGGUCGGGCGGCCCAGGCUUCAAGAGUAAUAACGUUCACAUUACAUCAGUUGCUGUGGCUAUUCCUCUCCUACUGGUCUUGCUUCUAGCGCGAAGACAGCUUCCGCGACACCUAGCCCGACAUCUGGAUUGGUGGACGUUGCUAGUGAUAUGUGGCCUUGCGGUCCCGCUCUUCAUAUGGCUUUUCUACGCAUCCGGGAAGGCAGCCCUUAUCGGCGCACCGCCGGGCGUCCACGAAGAGUGGUUUGGAUGCUGCAAUCAGGCGCUAGUCUACAACCGCGAACACGCGAAAGGCCUCGCAACCUAUAUGAAGGUCGCCUCUAAGCAUGAGUCACCUGGUAGGAGUGAUAUGCUUCCGAAGCAGUUCGCAUGGGACCAUGGUUUAGCGAGGAUAAGUGCGUAUCCAAUGCUUGCUCAACACGCAGGUAGAGUGAGCGCGAUCGAUACGAGUAACGACGAGGCGAAACGGGUUUGGAGUAUGGCGUUUGAGGAUUUUAAGCCGACUCGGUUGGCUAAGGAACACUUCAGGGAUGUACAAGAUCUGUUUGGAUCCGAGGCUGCCGAGCAGAUGAUAACGCAUUGGUCUCCAGGAUACAUAGUAUGAGAUUAUGAGAAUACCGCAAAGCUUAGUUCGAGGACUGCGCCCCUUUUAUACUACGCACUAUCUUUGUGAGUCAUCGUUCAAAGGAGAUAUAGC